GCAAAGAGAGAGACAGAGAGAGAGAGAGAGAGAGAGAGAGAGAGAGAGAGAGAGAGAGAGAGAGAGAGGCGGUGUGUUUCUUCUCCUCUUCUUUGUCCCUCCUCCUCCACCACAGUUCUCCUCCUGACGCCGCAGUCAGUCUGUCCUCCUCGCAUCCCGCUGCACACACAGGAUGACUCACAACAACCUUUACUUCCCCCUAACCUUCAUUUAACCCAGCCGGUGUGUAUCCACACACACACUACGCCCCGUUUACAACAUUCACUCCCCGCUGAAACGGCGGCGGAAGCAUGAUAUCCGACCCGGCGGCGGCGGCAGCUGCUGCAUCAUCGGCGAGCAACGGCGGCGACGGCGAGAACGCGCGGCACAGACACCGAGCGCACGGAGACGCGGAGCGGAGCGAGCAGCCGAGCGCAGUCCCGCAGCCCACAUCAUCCGGAGUUUUGGAUAAGCUGUUUGGAAAGCGACUGCUGCAGGCCGGGAGACACAUCAUGUCCCAUAAAUCCUGGAUGAAGACAGUGCCCACAGAGAACUGUGACGUCCUUAUGACUUUUCCAGACAGCACAGAUGACCACACGCUCCUUUGGCUUCUGAACCACAUACGGCUCAGCAUCCCUGAACUCAUCAUCCAAAUCCGCCAUCACAAACAGACCAGAAUGUAUGCCUUCUUCGUCACGGCAACAUACGAAAAUCUUUUACGAGGGGCUGAAGAAAUGGGAGUGCAGAAACCUGUGAAGCCGGAGUUUGGAGGUGGAUCUCGCAGCUUCUCCUGUGAGGAAGACUACAUCUACGAGAACAUUGAGAGUGAACUGUGUUUCUUCACCUCACAGGAACGUCAAAGCAUAAUCAAACACUGGAUGGACAAUCUCAGAGCUAAACAAGGGGAGGCCCUUCACAACAUUCACUUCCUGGAAGGGCAGCCAAUCAUUCCCGAGCUGAGGGCGCGAGGCGUGAUCCAGCAGGUCUUCCCACUUCAUGAGCAAAGGAUUCUGGGACAGCUGAUGAAGUCAUGGGUGCAAGCUGUGUGUGAAAAACAGCCACUUGAUGACAUUUGUGAUUAUUUUGGCGUAAAGAUUGCCAUGUACUUCGCCUGGCUGGGUUUCUACACCACGUCUAUGUUGUAUCCCGCUGUUAUUGGCUUUGUUUUGUGGAUGCUGACAGAAUCAGAUCAGACCAGCAGAGACAUCUGUUGUGUGGUAUUUGCACUAUUUAACGUGGUGUGGGCCACGCUUUUCCUGGAGCGCUGGAAGCGCAGAGGGGCGGAGCUUGCGUAUAAGUGGGGUACACUGGACACACCCGCCGAAUCGCUGGAGGAACCCAGACCUCAGUUCAGAGGUGUAAAGCGGUGCAGUCCAGUAACGGGCUGUGAGGAGUUUUAUUACCCGCCUUGGAGGCGGAGACUGUUCAGAUGGCUGGUCAGCUUUCCUGUCUGUUUAUUAUGUCUUUGCUUUGUAUUUCUGGCCAUGCUCAUCUGUUUCGAGCUUCAGGAAUUUGUGAUGGGAAUUAAGGAGCUUCCUCGUGUAGCAAGAUUUAUCCCUAAAAUCAUGCUGGCCAUCACUGUGACGGCGUGUGAUGAGGUGUACAGAAAGAUCGCCUGCUGGCUAAAUGACAUGGAAAACUACAGACUCCAGAGUGCCUAUGAGAAAAAUCUCAUCAUCAAAAUGGUUCUUUUUCAGUUUGUAAAUUCUUAUCUCAGCCUUUUCUAUAUUGGAUUCUACCUCAAAGACAUGGAGCGUCUGAAAGAGAUGCUGGCCACGCUUUUGAUCAUCCGUCAGUUCGUGCAGAACUUGAAGGAGGUCCUGCAGCCGUACCUGGCGGAGCGACACCGGUUGGGCGACCUCACGCUGCGGGCCGUGUGGGAACUGCUGGUCUCAGCGCUGCUCAAGUACGGGCGACUUGCAGCAGGGCGAGCGCAAAUCUCACCCAGCGACCCCACCGUGCCCGGGUCAGGUCUGCGAGCCUCACAGAUGGGUGAGGAGGGCCCACAUGAAAAGCGAGAACGUACGUGUUUGAACGGUGGCUGUGGUGUUCCAGAUGAAGACGUGGAGGAGGAGCUUAAAGAGAGGAACAGCGACGAGGAGAGCGAGUCGGAGAGCCUCAUCGAUUGUGGACUGAAGUUACGUAAGGUCAGUUUCAUUGAGAAGGUGGAGCGCAAGUCUGCAAGCUGUGUCGGCCCGGGAGAUGACAGCUUCCUGGAGGAGGGCAGUCCGACUAUGGUGGAGCGGGGCAUGGAUCCUGCCUCGAUUUUCGAGAUGUGUGAUGAUGAAGAUGAAAACGGGGUGGCGGAGAUGAAGGAACUGGCCGCUGAGCCACUCCAGACCAGCACGUCGGUCAGGAUUAGGAAGAGGGGGCGGAGCCUGGAGAGAUCGGACAGUAAGACGAAAAUAUAUUCGUGGAUGGAUCUGCCCGAGGAGCAAGAAACAACAACACACACGCAGGCCGAGAUCGAGAGCUGCAUGCAAACAUACCAGGACACAUUUCAGGACUACCAGGAGAUGUUCGUCCAGUUUGGAUAUGUGGUGCUCUUCUCAUCUGCCUUCCCAUUGGCCGCCAUGUGUGCCCUCAUCAACAACAUCAUUGAGAUCCGCAGUGAUGCGUUUAAACUGUGCACCAGCCUGCAGAGGCCUUUUGGCUUGAGGGUGGCCAGCAUCGGACAAUGGCAGACAGUGAUGGAAGCGAUGGGUGUGAUUGCCAUCAUAGUAAACUGCUAUCUGAUUGGUCAGUGUGGCCAGCUGCAGAGACUGUUUCCAUGGCUUAGUCCUGAGAUGGCCAUAAUCUCCAUCGUCAUCCUAGAGCACUUUGCAGUACUACUGAAAUAUGUCAUUCAUAUUGCAAUACCAGACAUCCCCAGUUGGGUGAGAGAGGAAAUGGCCAAACUGGAGUUUCAGCGCAAAGAGGCAUUCAAGAAGCACGAGCGUCAAGCGCAGCAGCAUUUCCAGCAGCAGCAGAGGAGAAAACGCGAGGAAGAGGAACGUCAGCGCCAGGCAGAGUAUCAAGCCCGUCGCGACCGAGACGACGGCCGUUCGGACUCCUCAGGUGGCGACCACCACCACGACAAGAGCCAAAGUGGAAAAUCCAGACCAGGGGGUGGAGGAGGAGCGUCAGGAGGGGAGAAACCCAAGCGUCCCAGCUCGCUUCUCGGCAACAAUAACGUCAUGAAACUGAAGCAGAUCAUCCCGAUGCAAAGCAAGUUCUCUUCGGGCACAGCCCGUUCUCCGCAGUCGCCCACCGGGAGCGAACCCAAGCUACCAGGCUUCCUCAGUUUCAAGUUCCUCAAGUCUCCCGAGAACAGAAAGGAGGCGGCAACCGCUUCCACAAGCGCACCUGUAGUUCCUCCAGCGCAGGAGAGGAUGGAGAGGUCCCAAUCACCCAACAAAUCCUUCAACCCUGGAAAACUCUUUAACUUUGGGAAGUCGGAAGGAGGAGCGUGCGUAAACGGGGCUCAGCCCUCGAAACCGGGGGAUGGGGGACAGACGCAGGACAAGCCGUCUACAAAGUCCGACCUCAAUGGGGUUCCGGAUGAGAUCCCAUCCCCCUGUAGAGAGAAUGGGGAGAAUGGAUCGUCAUCUGACGUUGAGCCAUCAGUCCCUAAAAUGUAACAAGAAAACAUCUCCAAUAAAGCACCAGUGUGAGAAUAUACUUAGUAAUGCAGAGGCAGUGAAAAUGUGAGGUAGACGGUUUUCUGUGUAGAAUCUGAUCUGGGAGCUGUACAUCAAAAAACACAGUUAAGGGGGAAUUCACUAAGAGCAAAUUGUGGCCAGUGAUGACAGAGUUUAUUUGCACACACUGUCCGCAUAGGUUUAGCGUCCGAUGCAUUAGGGCUUUGUUCACACUGCACCAAAGUUUGAUUUAUUUUUUCAAAAAACAACCUUUUUAGGACCGAUUUUUCAGAUAAAAUAAUUUACAGAUACCAUAUCCAGUAUAUGUACAUUUGUUGCCGUAAUAAUGACUGCAACAUGCAUAAUGCAGUGACACAAGAGAGAACAGAUGUUAUUGUGAAAUAAAAGACAAAAAAACUAAAAAUGAAUUCCGUUUAUGUCCAUCAUAAAAUCUUGCUGUUGUGAUGAACUCAUGAGGUUCACCAGACCGUCAAAGCAUCAACAGCAUUACAGUAUUUACACAUUCAUGCAUUUGCUUUUUUCAAAAUAUUUAGUUUGUAUAAGGCGUUACAUAUAUCAAGCAUUUAAAAUAAUUGAAAUACAGCAUAUAAAACUAAAAUAACUUUGCUUUUAAUAACAAUCAAUCACAACAGACUUGCUAUUCAUCGUGUUGGAAUUCGACACAUCCUAUAUGACAACUAAUGUACAAUUACAGUAUUUUUAACUCCACUUAAAAGGAACAGUUCACCCAAAAAUAAAAAUUCUGUCAUCAUUUACUCACCCUCAAAUUGUGCCAAAUCUGUAUGUCUUUGUUCUGAUGAACACAGAGAAAGAUAUUUGGAAGAAUGCUUGUAACCAAACAGUUCUUGGCCACCAUUGACUCCGAUAGUAGGAAAAAUGACAAUGGUAGUCAAAAGUGCCCCAGAACUGUUUGCUGCCCUACAUUCUUCAAAAUAUCUUCUUUUGUGUUCAACAGAACAAAGAAAUGUAUAAAGCAACUUGAGGGUGAGUAAAUGAUGACAGAAUUUUCAUUUUAAGGUGUUCCUUUAAAGGUUGCAUUUAUCUAAAUAUAGACAUUUUUGCUGUUCAAACUACAGACAACAACGAAAAAUAUUUGGAUAGUUGGAUUUAUCAGUAAAUCAGAUUUUUGCUGCCCGUCUGAACAAAGCCUAAAGAAAUCAAGCUCAAACAUGCCCACAAAAUGAGUGUUGAUCAGGGCAAUUGCACCCUAGAGGUUAAAAAUACACAUGAAAACAUAUUCGCCUUUCCGUCACUUUUAAAUAAAUCAUUGCGUCAGACAAAUAGCACUAAUGUUUGUGACUAUCUGAGCCUCAUUUGCAUAGAAAGAAGGCGUGGCUCAGAGAAGAGUGAUGAUGAGGUCAUUUACACAGGGUGCAGUGCUAUACAUGUUUAGGUUGGAUUAUGGCUAGACGUGAUUAGCACGCAUGGUAUAAACAGCUGUACGAAAUACAGCACACUAAAGUGUUCCAGCUGUUGAAUUCACCCCUUAACAGGUAAAGCUUUGAUUUAUUCCAGAAGAACAUGGUUGAAAAGACCCCUUCCACUCAUUUAUAUACAGCACACAUGCAAUCCAAACAGAGCCAGUAAUAAUCCAAAAUCCCACAACACUACAAUAACUACAUGUGGUUUCAACUGUGCGACUUUAGGCCUGAAAACAGCAGGUUUAGUAGAGCAAUAGCAACUUUACAAGCAAAAAAGCGUACAGGUGGUUUAAAUCCAUACGAAAGAACAGGCCCUUAAUGGCAAUAUUCUCAUGUCAAAUAAAAAGAGAAAAGAUGAAAACUGCAAAGAGAAAACAUGAGACGUGUAUGUCUGUGAUGUUUGUUUGUUUCAUUUGUGUCGUUCUGCAUUUCAACCCGCAAUUCACAAAUAUCAUUAUAGCUCUGUUUCAAACCAUAAUAUGCUUUAUUCCUGCUGUUCAAUAUCUGAUUGGAAACAAAAGUAUCAUUUUUUGCAUAUUAACAAAAUACCCAGCUUCACCUUCAAAGCGUUCUUUUGAGUUUCCUGACUGGUAAAACACAGCAACAUUGUCCCAACCAGUGGCAUAAGUUUGGGUUUAAACUUGUCUGUUGUUCCAACCUAAGCCAAAAGAUGAAGGCAGUGUUCAGAAAACCAUUUUUAUUUUUUUACUGAAGCAAAACUAAUAUUUAUCUUCUUUGCACGUUAUUUUUUAGCAUGUGCAUCUGUUUGGAGAUAUAGAGAAAACGCUAAAAGACAUCAACAUAUUUGAUUUACUAAAUGUGUCCUGAGCAACCAAGGGAGUCUUACACAGUGCAUUUGUUGCAAAAUCCAUGACACAGUGUCUCACCCUUUAAACGUUUUCGUUGAAGCAGUUCGAUUUUUGUAAAAUGAUGGAUAUAUUUUUCAGUUAAAGUCUAUGAAAAAAUGAGAGGUGCCUCAACAACAAAUGGAAAAUUACAUUUUUACUUUGUAGUUUCAUAGAAGACAACUAUGCAUAUGUUCUUUGUUUGGUUGACUGGAUUUGUCUAACAGAAGUUGCAAUAAUAUUUUGGCCGGAAUGGUGAUUUGGAAUUUGUCUUAAAUUUGUUCAGAAAAUGUUGAGUACAGUAAUAGAUCAAUAUGUUUUUAAUUACUACAUUUCAUCAACAAAAUGAUGUGUUACUACAACAACCUGUUGUGAAACAGCUGUCUUAAAUCCUAAAUUUGACCUUAAAUUAAGAAUGUGAUUUUAUUGGACCCCGGUCACUUCAAUGGUAAACAUACAACCAGAGGCUGUUGCUUGUUUUAAUGUAGCUGUCCAUCACAGGCAAACAUAAUUUUCUCUUUUCUAUAUGCUCUGACAGUUAUUCUCCACCAAAUAUAAUACUUUCUACUUUGUUCACAAAAUGAUUCAUUUUAAUCAAUUUCUCACCAACUAGGUCCUAACAAGAACAUUUAGUUAAAAAGCUAAUAACCUUGUGAUAUCAUUUUUUUCUGUGUUGUUUCACGACAAAAUCACUUGGUAGUAAACAGCCCCUGCCGUAACAGCAGCGUUCAUAUCCUUUGCUAGAAAUAAGACGUAUGCCAUCUAAAAUAAUAAUUUUUAUGUACUAUGACAUUCUCUUUAUAGCCAAAGUCCCUCAGCCCACAUUGAUUCACUGUAAGAGUAACUCAGGUCUCCUGACUGAUACUGUGAGGAAUCACAUUCAUUAUAGAGGGGCAGAAAAAAAUAUUAUUGUUUAUUUGUUUGUUUGUUGUGUUGCUGAUUCUGCAAUAUGAUGGAUGAAGGAAACUGUUGUAAAUCUCUGAAUGUGCUGUAGGGUUGUGUCAUCUCUGUAUGAUCCGUCUACAUUGUGGUCAUCUUUACAGUACAGUUUAAUGUCAUCAGACCGUCAGCUCUGGCCUAAUAACAGUCACAUUUCUGUUGUCUUUGUUUGUUUAAAGAAGUGAGUAGUUAAGCUAUUGAUAGUUGGAAGACAGCAUAGGUUUGUUGUGUAAGAACUGCUGUACAUUCGGUCUAACUGUGAAAUAUGAAGUGAUUGUGGUGAGAGGGGCCACAGAUGUCCCUCUCUGAAGGCAACCUCACAAACCUAUCAUGAGCUCUUCCAAUGUUCCACUGUAAAACUUUCUUUCUUAAAGAAAACAAUAUUAGGGGACGGAUUACUUAUUUCUUUUAUUUUGUCAUAUUUUUGUAAGAAUUGAAAUGGGAUAAUAAAACAGAUUUAAAUUUAUUGUUUUGUGA